CUAAAUUACCUAACCUAAUAAAAAAACCAUAAUAAUUAUAAUUUUGUACAUUCCGAACAAACAUAUACUUCGUUUAUCUACGUUUCAAAAAUCCAAUAAUUUAUAAAUAACUUAAAAAAAAUUAAUUAAAAAUGGUUCAAGCAGCAUUAUCAUGUAUUAACCAGGUUGCCUCCUAUCUAAAAGUUCAACCAGGAAAAAUCAAUAUUGGUGCAGAUUUUAUGAUAACUCGAACGAAAAAAAAUAUUAUUCAGAGUGGUUUCGUUAACAUAAUAUCAGAUCUAUUAAAGGAAUCAAAAAUGAAAAAUAAUAUUGAGAAUCAGCUUGAAGAAGUUCAACUUUGGCAAUGGCUUGAGUAUUGUAUUUCAUAUGCAGUUCACUCGAGCUCCCAUCAAAAUAUUCAACAAGUCCUUAAUGAACUCAAUGGACUAUUAGAAUUAAAAACUUAUUUAGUGGCCCAUAAAUUGACAAUUGCAGAUGUAGCAUUAUACUACAUUAUUUAUAAUGUGAUGCAAAAUCUGACACCUGUUGAAAAGGAGACAUACUUGAAUGUUUCUAGGUGGUUCGACAACAUUCAACAAAACAGUGCUAUACGACAAUCUAAUAAGUUUGUGAAUUUCUCUUCCAAUUAUAUCACACAUAGAGCACCAGCUCGACAUGUAUGAAAUCAUAUUAAACUCAUUUAAUAACA